GACAUUCACUUAUUCCUCUUCAUAGUCUUCUCUCUCCUCCUCUCUUCCCGUCUGUCACCGCACGAACAGUACAGUCGCUUUCUCUCUCCGACCCUGCGAGACCGAGCGAUCCAAUUCCUCCGCACCACCAUGUUCUGCCGAGCAUCUACCCUCCUCCGCCACCCACUGAUGGGCGCUACAUCCCGCCGAUUCUCGACGGAUCUGCCGGCGGCGGCCGUAGAAGAUUCGAGCUUCGUGGAGGCAUGGAAGAAAGUGAGCCCAAACGUGGAUCCACCAAAGACUCCAUUGGCUUACAUGAAGCCUCGCCCAGCCACUCCUUCUUCCCUUCCUUCCAAGCUCACUGUCAACUUCGUCCUCCCUUACGCUUCCGAACUCUCCGCUAAAGAGGUUGACAUGGUCAUAGUACCUGCAACAACCGGGCAAAUGGGUGUUCUCCCUGGACACGUUGCAACAAUUGCAGAGUUGAAACCUGGUGUCCUAUCCGUUCACGAAGGCAAUGAUGUGACCAAGUACUUUGUCAGCAGUGGCUUUGCCUUCAUCCAUGCGAAUUCUGUUGCUGAUAUAAUAGCUGUUGAAGCUGUACCAGUAGAUCGAAUUGAUGCAAACUUAGUCCAGAAGGGACUUCAAGAUUUCACUCAGAAGCUGAAUUCGGCCACAACUGAUUUGGAGAAAGCUGAAGCUCAGAUUGGAGUUGAUGUCCAUAGUGCUCUCAACUCGGCUCUUACAGGCUGAGUACUGCAGUAUUUUUGUUUUAUUUAUUUUUUUAAUUUGUUUAUUCCCCACCCACAUCUGGCCUGGUGGCAGGUCAUUGAGUUAUCUAUUCGCUAAACAACAUUUUGAUGUUGUGUUUCACUAUGGAAAGUGAAUUGAUAAAAUAAAAGUUUCAAGAGCUGCCAUCUAGCCAGAGAAAGUUAACCAAGGCCUUAAAAUUAAUCCUUUAUUAUUGUUGGCAGCAUGAGUUGACACGACACUGUAAGCAAAAUCUUUGCUGUAUGGUGAAUACUGAAUAGUUUUGCAUGCUUCAUUUUGCUUGUGCAGAUGCAUAAAAUGUCAACGAAUGCAUCGAAUUCCUUUGAUUUUAUGUUCAGAUAAUGUAAAGAAGUGAGAUAAUUUGCACCUGGAUGAGAUCCAAACUUGUUGGCUGCGAAUGUUGGCAUAUUUCUAAA